AUGGACUACCACAUGCAGUACAACGCCCAGGACCCCAUAAACGGGGAAAGGAAGGGGUUCGUGGGGCAGGGCUACAUUGACAAGGCCAUUUUGAAGAAAAAGAAAAACUGCCUGAUCCUCCUGUCCGUCUCGGCCAUCUGCAUAUUCGUGUGCUCGGCAUUUUACUUCACGAGACCCGCAAAAAGGGAUGGAGGGGUUACCUACAAAAUUGCAGACAAAGUGGACGACGAUUAUAUUAUUAAUUUUCUGCUAAAGAGCAAAAAUGGAAAAAAGUUCAUCGCUUCCAAAGUGCAGGAAUUAAUAUCAACGUAUGACGUGAAGAAGGAAAACCUCCCCGCUCAGCAUGGAGGCACCUAUAAGCGCUUUGCAAAGAGAGACCAAUGCACCAGAAAUAAUUGCAGCGUUAGUCCGUAUGGGAAAAAUGCAGCUCAGGUGGAGGUGGUAGCCCAGGUGAAUCUCGUAAACCCUCUGGUUGACACCAAAUUUUUGAUGGCCAAUUUGGAGACGGUGAACUCGUUCUACCUCUUCAUGAAGGAGCACGGGAAGGAGUACAGCACAGCGGAUGAAAUGCAACAGAGGUACCUCUCCUUUGCGGAAAACUUGGCAAAGAUAAAGGCACACAACAGUAGGGAGAAUGUCCUUUACAGAAAAGGAAUGAAUCGCUUUGGAGAUCUCUCCUUUGAAGAAAUAAAGAAGAAAUAUUUGACGCUCAAAAGUUUUGACCUCAAAUCAGAUGGUAUUAAAUCACCAAGAGUUAGCGAUUACGACGAUAUAAUUCAUAAGUACAAACCGAAGGAUGGCACUUUCGAUUACGUGAAGCAUGACUGGAGAGAGUUUAACGCGGUAACCCCUGUGAAGGACCAAAAGAAUUGUGGUGCCUGCUGGGCCUUUAGCACAGUGGGAGUUGUAGAGUCCCAAUACGCAAUCAGAAAAAAAGAGUUAGUCUCCCUAAGUGAGCAAGAAAUGGUAGACUGUUCUUUUAAAAACUAUGGCUGUGAUGGAGGCAACAUCCCAAUAGCCUUUGAAGACCUACUCGACUUGGGAGGCAUCUGCAAAGAAAAGGAAUACCCCUAUGUAGAUGUCACUCCAGAACUCUGCGACAUUGAUAGGUGCAAAAAUAAAUAUAAAAUUACCACCUAUGUGGAAAUUCCGCAACUUCGUUUUAAGGAGGCCAUCAAAUUUUUGGGACCCAUCAGUGUGAGCAUUUGUGCAAAUGACGAUUUCGUGUACUACGAGGGAGGCCUGUUUGAUGGCUCCUGUGGAUUCUCUCCCAACCAUGCCGUCAUCCUUGUUGGCUACGGAAUGGAAGAAAUGUAUGAUGCCAUGAGCCGAAAGAAUGAAAAGCGCUACUACUUUUGGCUGAAGAAUUCUUGGGGUGAGAAAUGGGGAGAAAAGGGAUACAUGAAGAUUCAAACGGAUGAAUACGGGUUGAUGAAGACUUGCUCGCUGGGUGCUCAGGCAUUCGUGGCUUUGAUUGACGAAGUUUGA